AUGCUACAACCAUUGAAAUAUAUUCUCCAAACGAAACGAAUCAUUCUAGCAAGUGGUUCGCCGCAACGUAAAGACCUACUUCGAGCGAUUGGCUUAAACUUUGAAAUCAUUGUUUCUGACUUCGCUGAAGAUUUAGAUCCUUCCUUAUAUAAAGAAAACCUCUCGCAAUACGUCAUUGACACAGCUGAACAUAAAUGUCGGCAUGUGUACAACGAAUUGAAAUUAAACGAGAAUGAGAGAAAAAAUGUAGUCAUUAUUGGAGCUGAUACAAUGUGCUCAUUAGAUAAUGUUGUGUAUGGUAAACCAGCAGAUGUAGAUGAUGCUUUUCGUAUGUUGAAAACAUUUUCGAAUAAUACACAUCAAGUGUGUACUGGUGUGUGUCUUCUUCAUGGUGAGACGAAGCGAACAUUUUUCGAAACGACCGAUGUGACAUUUGGCGACAUUGAUAAUGAAACGAUUCGAGCCUAUGUCGAAACAGGUGAACCGAUGAAUAAAGCAGGCGCGUAUGGUAUUCAAUCGUUAGGUGCAACAUUAGUGAAAAAGAUCAAUGGUGAUUAUUUUAACGUCGUCGGCUUUCCAAUUCAUCACUUUUGUACUCAGUUAAAAGCUUUACUGAAUUCAGAAAUAAAAUAA